GGCAAAAAUCGCUACAGAAUCCAUCAUGAGCUGGUUCAGAAGAUCGUCGCGCGCACACCCCGCGAGCCGCCCCGCCCCCCUUGCGAGAGGCACUGGCAAUAGCAUCGAUAUGUCAAAGUCGCUCUGCAGCCUGGAUGAGCAGCGCAUCGAACGACUCGAGCCAGAGGAGUUCUUUCACGAUCCCGUCCAUGUGCGCCACUACAAGGAGGAGGCGCAGUUCCUAAGCUUUAUGGCCGACUGGGAGAUAGUUGAUCAUCCGCAGCAGGAGAAUUACUUUUCGGCUGACUUCGAGGAGGAGCUCCUGCAGCAGCGCACACAGACGCUGCCACGCCGACACAACCACAGCCUGGAGGAGGACAAGCUGGCCGCGUGCUCCUCGGAUGGCUCACAGCCGAUGCAGCCGUCGAGGCGCAAACGCAAAUUCCUCGAGCUGCUGUUCGUCGACAAUAUACGAACGGGCAUUGCGCUGCCCAGCGACGGAAACGGGCUCGAGCAGCGCCUGCAGCAGGAGCAGCAGCAGCAGCAGCAAUCGACGGUGCUCUGCAAGAAAUCCAAGUACGCCAGCAGCAGCCUGUCCAGCAUUGGUUCCAUAUCGACCAACGGCACAACGGCAACGGCAACAACCACCACAACCUCAACGACGACGACGACGACGACGACGGCCACCUGUCCGCAACAGGUGCUCAAAGACUGUCGCAUCAAUCGCAAGCAACUGAAGACUGAAGCACUCGCCGGGUCCAUCAUGGGCGCCAUUGGCAAGUGCCCCAAUCCCGAACUGAAGCCCAUCGGCGGCACCGUCUGCCCGGACGUCUGCCAUCCCGGCGAGCGCAACACCUGUGAUCACUACGAUAUCAAGCAAUUCUUUCACCUGGACGACCAGGGCAACAUACUGCUCAACAUGGCGCACAUUGUCGAGUGCCGCGCCCUGGGCCUGGCCCUCCAGGCCCAGAGCCGUCGCCUCUAUCGGCGCUAUCGGCGCGGCUGCGAGUGCGCCGACGAGAAGCCGUGCGAUAAGCCCGGCUGUUGCACGCCUUUCAUCUUAUUGCUGCGGCUGCUCUGUCGACUGCUAUUCGGCCAUCCCCGGAAUAAGAUGAACAUUCAGAGCGUCGGGCCGGGCGACUCGCUGCGAGCGUACACGCUGCAGCUGGCCCAAGAUCCCAACUCCACGUUCGCCCGCAACAUUGAGAACUUCAUCAGCUGCACCAAGGAGUCGAGGGAGGCGGCGCCCCAGGUGGUCAUGCGCAACAUGCGCCAGUUCAUGAGCGGCAUGAAGAACUAUUUGGUGAAGCACGGCGAGGGCAAGUUCCAUGCCGAGCUGGAGUCGGCGCGCGCUCGCCUCAAGUCCGAUGAGUUUCUCAACUUGGACGCCAUGCUGGAGACGGUGAUGCACCAGCUGGUGGUGUUGCCACUGCGCGAGCAUCUCUACGGCAUCUUCGUGGACUACUACAAGCGCAGCGAGGACAUUCAGCUGCUCGCCCAGAAUGUGCGCUACGCCUACGAGCGGGAUGCUUCCGACUUUGGCAUACGCCCCACAGUGACGCCGCCCUCGCAGUCGGCGCUGCGGCUCAUCUCGAAUCUGCUGUGGCGUCUGCAGGAGGCCGAGCUGCCGCUGGAAAAACUGGAGCUCUUCCUGUGCGUCAUAUCCACAGUGUUCGAUGCGACGGGCUGUCCGCGGGGCCAGCAGCUGGGCGCCGAUGACUUUCUGCCGGUGCUGGUCUAUGUGGUGGCCAAGUGUGGAUUCGUUGGCGCCGAGAUCGAGGCGGAGUUCAUGUGGGGUCUGCUCCAGCCGACGCUGCUGAAUGGCGAGCCCGGCUACUACCUCACCGCCCUCUGCAGCGCCGUACAGGUGCUCAAGACGUUCAUGGCAUCCGAGGGGGAGAGCGGCAGCGGUUCACUGGACUGGCGCUCCAGCUGCUUGCCGGCCUGCUCGAGCGUGUUGCGCGUCAUCAUACCGGACGAGUGCAACGGCUCGCUCCAGACCCGGACGCUGCCCGUGCGGCCGCACACGACGACGCGCGAAGUGUGCCGGAUCAUAGCGCAUAAGGCGCGCAUCACCAAUCCGCAGGACUAUGCGCUCUUCAAGCUGGUCGACGGCGAGGAGACGCUGCUCACCGAUGCCGAGUGCCCGCAGGAUGCGCGGCUCGCUGCCAAGGGCAAGCAUUGCAUGCUCGCCUACAAGCGCAUCGAUGCCAAGAUUGCCUGGCCCACGGCUGCUCAGCCGGGCAGUCAUUGAUGCCACAGGCCACGCCCCCAACCUACUGCCUACUAUACCCAUACCAGCCAUGCCAGCCGGCCUCAACUGCGCCCGCGCCCCUUUCCCUCUCCCUGUCCCUGUCCGUGCCCAACGGCCCCAUCUUGCUCACUAACAAGCAUAUUUGAUUAAUAAUUUAUUAUUAUUACAUUAAAAUAUACUUAGUAGCCUGUAAGUAAAGCUAAUUAACGCUAAUACAUCUAAUGUGUACUAAACAACAACAGUAUUGAA